AUGGCAUCAUCAUCCUCACAGCUGAAGGUUCUUUCGCCGAGCGUCCACUACACGGACGAACAUAUUGAUGUGGACUACCAGUAUCAAACGACAACGGUGGUUAGCAGCGGCCCAAGCGGAUACACGGUGAAACCUGAAACUACGGAGUUGAACAUCCGAACCGGGCGCAAUGUACCGCGGAUGGGAUUGAUGCUGGUUGGCUGGGGUGGCAACAAUGGUUCGACGCUAACCGCCGCCCUGGAGGCAAACAAACGCAACCUGGAAUGGCGUACCCGGCACGGCAUCCAGAAGGCCAACUGGUACGGUUCGAUCACACAGUCGUCCACGGUACUGCUCGGUUCCGAUGCGACCGGCCAGGAUGUGUACAUCCCGAUGAACGAGCUCGUGCCGAUGGUGAACCCGAACGAUAUCGUCGUCGAUGGGUGGGACAUCAGCUCGUUGCACAUCGGCGAUGCGAUGAAGCGAGCGCAGGUGCUCGAGGUGGAACUGCAGGAUCAGGUGUACAAACGGUUGUCGCAGAUGCGCCCACGGCCAUCGAUCUACGAUCCGGAUUUUAUUGCCGCCAACCAGGCGGAGCGUGCGGAUAACACGAUUCGGGGCACGCGCUACGAGCAGUACCAGCAGAUCGUGAAGGAUAUCCGCGAGUUUAAGCAACAGUCCGGCGUGGACAAGGUGGUCAUUCUGUGGACGGCCAAUACGGAGCGGUUUGCUGAGGUGAAGGAAGGUCUGAACACCACCAUGGCUGAUUUGGAGCGUUCGCUGAAGCAGAACCACACGGAGAUCUCUCCUUCGACGAUCUUCGCCAUGGCCGCCAUUGCGGAGAAUUGUAUCUAUAUCAACGGAUCCCCACAAAACACGUUUGUGCCCGGCGUGAUCGAGAUGGCGGAACACUAUGGGGCAUUUAUCGCUGGUGAUGAUUUUAAAUCAGGACAAACGAAGCUAAAAUCCGUGCUGGUAGAUUUCCUCGUAUCGGCCGGCAUCAAGCCCGUGUCGAUCGUCAGUUACAACCAUCUGGGUAACAACGAUGGCAAGAAUCUCUCGGCCCCGCAGCAGUUCCGCUCGAAGGAGAUCUCCAAGAGCAACGUGGUGGACGACAUGGUUGCAUCCAAUCACAUUCUGUACGGUGCGGACGAGCAUCCGGAUCACUGUGUCGUGAUCAAGUACGUGCCGUACGUUGGCGAUAGCAAGCGUGCGAUGGACGAGUACACCAGCCAGAUCAUGCUCGGUGGUCACAACACGCUGGUCAUUCAUAACACCUGCGAGGAUUCGCUGCUGGCCACACCGCUCAUACUCGAUUUGGCUAUUUUGGGCGAGCUCUGUUCGCGCAUUCAGAUUCGCCGCAAGGAGGCGGCGGGUGGAGAGUUUGUUCCGUUCCGGUCGGUACUUUCGCUGCUGAGCUAUCUGUGCAAGGCACCGUUGGUACCGCAGGGUACACCGGUCGUAAAUUCGCUGUUCCGUCAACGGACGGCAAUCGAGAAUAUUUUGCGUGCCUGUGUCGGUUUGCCACCGUUGAGUCAUAUGACGCUGGAGCACCGUUUCGAUUUGCCGAUCGGCGAGCGCCAGUCGGAGGAUGGUCAACACAUUGCCAAGAAGGCACGGGUUAAUGGUGCGACACCCUUCGCGAACGGUACCAGCGAGAAAUGUAACGGUGUGCAUAAUGGUGAUGCUCAUGCUUCGGAGGAAGUAAGCAGUCACUAA